AUAAAGAAUAUGGCAAGAUGGCGACAUAUUUGAAGCGAACGUCAAAACUGUUUGAUAUUUCUUUGACACGAACAUCAGUGGAUAUUAGUCUACGAGAUUUGAUAUGUCCAGUAUGUCGCAGUAUUCUGAUUGAACCAGUAACACUGCCGUGCACACAUAAUAUUUGCUUAAAAUGUUUGAAAGGUACUUUUGAACACAAUAGCUUAAGUUGUCCUCUCUGUAGAAUACGAGUCGGAUCUUGGCUACGUACAGCAACAAAGACCGAAACAUUAGUUAAUAACGGUCUUUGGAAAUUAAUUCAAACAAAAUUUUCCAAAGAAAUUGAAAACAAAUACAGUGGUGACGACAAAAGUAUCGAUUUGGAUGCGGACUACAGUGGUGCUAACAAAAUACUUAGUGCAGCUGGAGAAAUUCGUCGGGAAUAUGAAGUACAACUUCAAAUGGCUGAGGAAGAAAUGCAAUGUCAAAGAAAAGCUGAACAGAUAGCCAGCGAAGCUUUAAUUCGCAAGAUUCAGGAGGAAGAAAAACAGCAACAGUUAUCUCAAUUAACUCAAGAUCAGUUACUUGCAAAAUCCUUGGUAAAGAAACAACUUGCGGACAAGCACAAAGAAUCUAAAUAUAAGAACUUUCUUAAUGUAUCUAGUAGUUCUUUCCAUACUUCCAAAUUUAAUGUUGCUACUAUGACUGAAAUGGAUUUAUAUAAAUUAGAACCUCAUAGCUCAAAGUAUGAAAAAGCACCUCUUUUACAACCUCAAGACAAUUCUGGAUUAAGAAGAUCAAAUAUUGCAUUAAUAUCUAAAAUUUGUGCAGAAAGAUAUGCCUCUAGUAUAAAAAGCAGUGUUGACUUGUCCAAUACAUGUAAUGAUUCUACAAGUAAAUUUUGUUGUCAAAAUCCUAUGCCUGUAUAUAAUGCUAUUUCAAGAACUGUAAAGCAUCAAACAGCCAAAAUAAUAGAACCUUGUGUCUCAAAAUGUUCCUUGGAACCUAGAACAUCCACUUCAAAAAUAUAUGGUACUCAAAGCAAAGAAGAAUUACAUGUACCAAAUGAUAUCGUGAAUAGUAAAAAAAAAAGUUUAAGUGUAGAAGUAUGUGUAUCUUCAGGUGAUGACGAUGAAAGAAUGGGAAGUGCCGAAAGUGCCGGUAGCCACGAUAGCAUUAAUCAAGAAAUUCAUCAUUUUAAACCUAUCAAGGCUAUGCCAAGAACACCAUUAAAAAUGUCUACAGAUGGAAAACAAAUAGAUCCAAAAUUAAUUAGAGUUGUUCCUAUAUUUAAAAGAAUAUCUAAUGUAGUACCUAAGCCUCCAUCUCAAACUCAUUUAAAACGAAUUAUUGGAUGUUCUUGGAGUGCAUUUCGAGGAAAAACUAAACAGAGUUUUAAAGAGAAAGAUGUAUGCAAAGAAGAGAUUGAACAGAAAUCAUUAAUGAAACCAUCAACAUCUUGUAAUCAGCCACAAAUUAUUGCCAGCAAAGGAACAAAAUUUCAAAUUCAUGACAGUAUUCGUAAACUUGAGUAUAUUUCGGAGGUGUCAUUUGAUUCUAAUAAGAAUUACACUAAGGAUGUGAAUAAUAUAAUUAAUGGCACUAAAAUCAGUAAAAAGUUAAUAGAGGAGCAUAGAGAUAUUAGAAAGGUACAGAAAUCCUGGAAAUCUCAUAUUAGAAACGGUAUGGUAUGUAAAUCUAAACGGCAAAAAACUUUAUGGACUAAAAAAGAUAUUAAAGUUGCAACAAAUGUUGAAAUGAAAAAUUCUUCAUCUGCAUCCAUAAAAUUAAAUUCGCUUUGCAAUGAAGAAGAGUCCGAAGUACGGGAAGAAGAUGAGAUAACAAUCGAAAAUAUCGCGGAGAGAAUAAAGAAAAGGAAACUAAAUACAGAUAAAAAGAACUCUACUAGGGUAUCCUCUUUAAAUUCAAAUUUAGAAACAGUUAUAAAAAGAAACACAAGGAAAAGACUAUGUAGAAAGGAGGAACUUGAGUAUAAAGCGACAGACGAUGUUCCUCUAACGCUACAAAAAAGGAGUAAAACUAAAUAUACUAGAACCGCCUUACCGAAAACAAAACAGGGUAGGGUACGUUCAACAAAACAGUCCAGUACAGAAAGUUCUGAAAAAAGCGAUGCAUCUACAGGGUUAAAUUGUCAAAUUAGCAAUUCUGGGUUAAGGAAAACAACUCGAAAAAUAAGACACGCAAACAGUUCCAUAAAUAAUGGAGCAGAUGUAACAUAUGGAAAUAUGAACAGUAGCAAUUGUAAUUCUUCCGAAUCUUGUAUAGUAAUGCAAGGGUGUAUAUCGGAGAAUAAUAAUACUACUGAAACAAAUACAAUCAUAGAGAAAAAUGUUCUUUCGGAUGAAGAAAUUAUCAAAGAACAAGAACGAAUGGAAAGAUUAGUUAUACAAGAAAAAGAAGAUUUUGAAUUGGCUCAAAGAUUGCAAGCAAAGUUUGAUGAGAUGGAAGGAAUAGCUGGUCGAACCAGGCGAUCUAGAAAGGCGAUCGAACUAGAUUUGUAUAAAAUUGAUACUGGAAGAAAUAUACAAGCAAUAAAUUCGCAUACUGCUAAAUCAUCAAUUAUUAAUCAUACCAUAAAUAGUGAGGCUAAAAAACGUGGCAGACCUCCGAAGCGUGUAAAAUAAUCUAUCAACCUUAAUCGUUAU